ACAGCCGAUGAUUAUUAGCCUGACUCCAGUAUGCUCCACUUGAAAUUUUGGUUAUAACGGAUAGUGAUUAAUUUUUUUCCCUCGAAUACAGAUGUACACGAGGCAUCGUUUGCAGCGUUUCCGCGGCGGCAAAUGAGACACGUUCGACGUAGCAUGCAUCUCAACUCUCGACAAGCCACCUGAAGGCUCUCUUCGUUUAAUUGGCCUACAUAACCGCUCCGACAAUUAUGAAUUUGCAAACGCUUUUUCAGGAUUUUAAUCCAAGUAAAUUUCUGGUACACACAUGUCUGAUGAUAUUCACGGCUCUGUUCGCUCUUCGACUGGACGGUUUCAUCGAAUGGAGCUAUUGGUCUAUAUUCAGUCCGAUAUGGUUUUGGAAAGGCAUGGUGAUCCUGGGAGCGAUAGUCGGUAGUUACGUCUGGUGGAGGCAUCCCCAUGCGAGAUUAGAAGGGGACGCCUAUGUACAAUAUAAAGCGAUGGUGAUCACUCUGUCGUUGCAUCUGGUUCUGUUGAUGUUUGAAUUGUUGGUCUGUGACAAACUAGAAUCCGAGAGACACUUGUGGAUACUGGUAUUCAUACCCUUGAUUUUUAUCUCGAUAGUAUCAAUUAUAGUUUGUAUCUGGGCGGUAAAAAAUGAUCGAUCGUUCGAACUGGAACUGUUUUGUGCGGUGAAUGUGUUGCAGUUUAUCUUUCUGGCUUUGAGACUGGACGGCUUUAUAACGUGGAGCUGGGAGGUUGUGUUCGUGCCGUUGUGGGCACUUCUUUGCUUAUCCUUGGUAGCUGUUUUAUAUGCGAUAGUAUUCGCCGCUGUUUUACUGAGAACGCCACAGAUCAAUGCCCGCCAGAGGCGGACCUCCCUGCACUCCGCGGUAGCGUAUACAUUUCUCGUUGUUCCCAUUUUAGUGUUCCAGGUACUGCUAGCGAAUAAAUUAGAUGGAGAUAUUUCAAUAAAUUAUAUAACAGUGGCAAUGCCACUCCUCCUGUCGCACAUGACUCUUAUUUUUAUGUCCUUUGGUGCAAAAGGCGGAAAUAGAUGGUGGUUUGGUAUCAGAAAAGACUUUUGUCACUUCCUGCUAGGUUUAUGUCCAUUACUUCAAGAAUACGGUAAUAUUUCGUAUCAACCAAGAGACGAGCGAGAUCAACCACCAUCUGAGCCAAUGAUUCCGGAAAAGAGCGAGAAGCUCAUUAAGAAAAUCGACCUAAUGAAACCUGUUGUGCCUAUAAUCUCUAUAGACAUGCCUGACUGAUUGGCUCAAAACAGGUAUUCGCUCGGUUAGCUCGGAUAUUUUUAAAUCGUUAUUUUUAAUGCAACUGACUUAUACAGAGGCCAAAUAUCUACUAUAAAAUAGUCAGGCCUUAUUAAACAGAGAUUGAAUUACACGGAUAUAUAUAUGCCGGCUGGGAUACAAGACUGAACACCUCGCAUCUCUAGAAUAGCAUUGUCAGGAAACGUGAAAAAGAAAACGAAAAGAGCGUCUGGACAAAUUAGAAAAAGUGAUGUUGCUGUUAAUGUUGCUGGACAUCGUAAUGUUAAAUGCCCAAUCAUUUAUUAUAUUAAAAUGUAGAAAUAAUGUAUAUACAGACUGUUAUAUAUCAUAAUAAUAUUACAUAUAAUGAAUAUUAAAUAUUAUAUGAGUCUACCAUCCGCAACGAUGAUAGACAAGUGCUAGUAACGUUACAUUAUUUUAUAUAUAUAUUACAUCUAAAAAAAAUAUUAUCUAAUAAAGUUUCUAUUUUUUGGUAUCAA